AUGGCUGUAGACGCGUCUCAAGAUGCCGCGUCGCUGCCAUAUCACGAGCCGGGCAUCGUCGUCAUUCUGGUUCUCGCGUCUUUUCUUCUUUUCCUCAACCUUGUCAAUGCUGCCCUCGAUAGAGUGCUGUACUGCGGCCUACUGGGCCAGGUUUUGGUCGGCAUAGCAUGGGGUACGCCAGGUGCGAAAUGGCUAUCCGAGAGCCUAGAAGAGACGGUUGUGCAACUAGGCUAUCUUGGAUUGAUUCUGCUUGUCUAUGAAGGUGGUCUUUCUACUUCAUUCCAAUCUCUCAAAGCGAAUCUGCUCCUCUCUUCUGGUGUCGCUCUCACUGGAAUCGUAGUUCCCAUCGGUCUUUCCUACACUCUGCAAGGUCUUCUGGAUGCUACCCCGGUACAGGCUUUUGCUGCCGGUGCUGCAUUGUGCUCCACUAGCUUAAGCACAACCUUCACGGUUCUCGGCUCGAGUGGCUUGUCUACCACUCGUUUAGGCGUUGUACUUACCAGUGCAGCUAUGAUGGACGACGUCGUCGGACUGGUCAUGGUGCAGGUCAUCUCCAACCUCGGCGGCGACAACUUUAACUGGGUCACCGUCGUUCGCCCAGUCCUGGUGUCGGUUGCUUUUGCUGUCGUUGCUCCUGUUGUUUGUCUUUUUGUCGCGAAGCCCUUGACCAUGUGGCUAGAUGCGUACCGCGAUGCUCACCCGUGCGCACGACUGAGUGCUCUGCUACAGCGUACACAAACGGCUUUUACAGUCCACACGCUGAUUCUCAUUGGUCUCGUCACAGGAGCUACAUACGCAGGCACGUCGAACCUCUUCGCUGCGUACAUCGCCGGAGCUAGCAUCAGCUGGUGGGACUCUGACAUACCUCACCCUGUCAGCACUCCGGCUACGAAGGCGGUGGCUGAGAAGAGCCAGGCAGCUGCUGGCCCAGUCCUUGAGAGCCCUGACGGCGUAUCUCUAUAUGUCUCAGAGACUCAAGGCAGGCAAACUCAGGGCGCGCUUCCAUCCCAACCCACCAAGGUUGAGAAGGACGAGCACACAAACGCGACAGGUGGGGCAGUCAUCUACCACCACUACUACCAUCCUGCAGUAUCCAAGAUCUUGCAACCCUUCUUUUUCGCAUCCAUCGGCUUCUCUAUACCAAUCACGCGCAUGUUCAGAGGCGCGAUAGUCUGGCGAGGCAUCGUCUAUGCCGUCCUCAUGGCGUUUGCCAAGGUAGUAUGUGGUCUCUGGCUCGUCCGCUUCUCUGUUUCCACGGGCAAACAAUCUCCCAGUAAGAUUCUGAGCAAGGUGCGCCUGCCAUCAGUGCCUCACUUGUGGGGAAGGAGCGACCGCGCAGCAUCCUCUGCGCAGGCAGGAGCUACUCAAGUGCCAGCACGCCACGCAGCUCCAUCAGCUAGCACUGAAAGCGAGGCACGAUCUUUGCUCAAUCCACCAAAGCCCUUCUCGCUGCACCCGCCACUCAUGCUCGCCUUCGCAAUGUGCGCCCGCGGGGAGAUUGGGUUCCUAAUUUCCGGUGUCGCUGAAUCUCAAGGCGUCUUCGGAGAAACUUCUAGUGAGCCAACCGACAUCUUCCUCGUCGUGACCUGGGCCAUCGUUCUGUGUACGAUCCUUGGCCCUCUGGCGGUUGGACUAUCCGUUCGCAGGGUCAAGCAACUCCAAGCGCGUAAGAAGAAACAGCAGGAGGGCGCCGAAAGAGACGUCUUGGGCGUUUGGGGUGUAGAGUAG